UGUCCGCGGUAACGGCGGAGCCAUUUCUGACAGGGCGGCGGCGGCGUGGGGCCGUGCGGGCUUGUUUGGCACCGCGGAGCUCUGACAGGCUGCUUGAGGCCGCCAGGGGCCGAGGGGCUGCCCGGGGCCGUGCGGGGCCGAGGGGCAGCGGGCCAUGGUGCCCAGCAAGGGCCGGCCCGGCCGGGGCCCGCGGGCCGCGCCCGCAGCGGUUAAUAAUUGUGGUCUCCAGCUGGUCAUCCAGACCUCGUCAAUACCAGAAAAAACCAAACCGUUUGAAUUCAGAAUAAAUAAAGAGCAGUCAUCUUUCCACAAUAGGCUUCUGCAGCAUGAUCUAGAAAAAAACUACUCCGGAAGACUAGAUAACACGAACUUUGGGAGCAGUUCAUCAAUAUCAUUUCCUGUAUUGCAACGUACUGCUGAAGAAAAAAUCCUGAACUCAGACAGACUUACCCUGGAAAGGCAAAAGCUGACAGUGUGCCCAAUUAUCGAUGGGGAAGAUCACCUUCGUCUUUUGAAUUUCCAGCAUAACUUUAUAACUCGUAUCCAAAAUAUUUCUAAUCUUCACCAUCUUGUUUUCUUAGAUUUAUAUGAUAAUCAGAUUGAAGAGAUAAGUGGGGUUUCAACUUUGAGAUCCCUGAGAGUCCUUCUUUUGGGAAAGAACAGAAUAAAGAAGAUCUCAAAUCUGGAGAACCUAAAAAACCUUGAUGUUUUAGAUCUUCAUGGAAAUCAGAUUGCUAAAAUAGAAAACAUUGGUCAUUUAAGUGAACUGAGGGUUUUAAACCUUGCCAGAAACCUCCUCACUGUUGUAGAGAACCUGAAUGGACUGGAUUCACUCACAGAGCUCAACCUCCGUCACAAUCAAGUCUCUGCUAUAAAAGAUGUGGAUACUUUGCCCUGUCUCCAGCGUCUCUUCCUCAGCUUCAACAAUAUUUCUAGUUUUGAGGAUAUUCUGUGCCUUGCUGAUUCCUCAUCCUUGUCAGAUAUCACCCUUGAUGGCAAUCCAAUAGCUCAGGAGACAUGGUACAAACACACUGUUCUCCAUCAUAUGAUGCAGCUCCGACAGCUAGAUAUGAAGAGAAUCACAGAAGAAGAAAGACGUAUGGCAUCUAUUGCAGCCAGGAAAGAGGAAGAGAGGAAGCGUGAAAGCCACAGACAGACCUUGCUUAAGGAAAAGAAGCGGUUAACGAUCGGUAACAUCGCCCGGCAGUGGGAGAUCCAGCAGAACCAAAUCGCUCUUGAGGCUUCUUUAAACAAAGAUAAAGAAAAUGAGCCCUGCCAGAUCAAUGGCAGUGCUGCAUUUGUAUUUCCUGAAGAAAGCAGAUCUCUUGAUACAAUCCUGAGCAGUGCAGUACAAGGCUUGUCUGUUCUGGAGUCUCAUUUAGUGGAGGUGGAAGGGGACACUCUUGGCUUGUAUGGUGCUGGGGCACUGGAGUGCCUGGAUCGAAACUGGAGUGUUCAAACAGCUGGCAUUAUUGCCACAGUCUCCUUUAUGUUCAUAGAAUUUGAUGAAAUUGUUCAAGUGUUAGCAAAAGUGAAGACAAAAUUUCCUAACUGUGUGCACCUGAAGUUUAAGGAGACAAAUCUUGUGGCACUGCAGCAGUUCAAUGCCUUGGCUGAGAUGCAUCGCAUGGAACAGUUGACAGUUGAUCCUCAGGGAAAUCCAGUUGUCAACUUCACUUUGUGGAAAUCCUAUGUCCUCUUCAGACUGAACCAUUUUAAUCUGCAGAAGAUAAAUGGAGAGAAGGUUACUGAAAAUGACAUUGUAAAGGCAGAAAGGCUCUUUGGCAUUCUGGCAUAUGUGGCAUCCUCAGAGCUGCCUCAUUACCGCAUGCUUUCAUUAUUUGGAGAGUCCAGGAGGAAGCAAUUCCAUUAUCUGCUGGAGGGAAAGGGAAAGAAAUCUGGGGUUGGGAGUGAGGAAAAUAGUGAUAACAGAAGAAGUGGAGGGGAAAGCACAGCUCGAGCAACGUUGAAUUACAUGACAAAAGAUUUUCAUAUGGAAAAGCUUGAGGAAAUCAAAGAAAGAAAAACAUUUUGCCAGACAUACGUUGAGAACUUAGUGAAAGAAGCAGCUGACAUCAAUAUGAAGAAUGAAUCCUUGCAGAAGCUCUGGCCUCAGCUGUUCAUUGAGCUUGUCAGAGAUGCAGUGCUGGAAAUCCGCAAUAAAAACUCCUACAUGAAACUCUGCCUCCAGAGGAUCACUGAGCAGAAGCAGUAGAGUCUUGCAGGCUUUUGGUUCAUUAUUCUCUCAUGUUUUACAAACUUAAACCAAUAGAAUAUGAAAUAAUCAUCACUAGGGCAUCCUUCACUUCCUCCCCACAAAGGGAUGCCUUUAAAUCUUACUUAACUCUGAUUAUUUUUGAAAUGAAAGUUUACUUUGAUACUGCUUUGCCAAUGCUUCCUUGGCUAUCUAAAGUGAUAGCAAAGAAAUGACUUGGUGAUUGUUCUACUAAAAGUUCUUGUUUAUUAUUUUCUGUCACCCUUGAUUCUGUAGUGCUACAGCAUUGAUUUUUAAGGAACAAAUUUACAAAGUUUGCCUUAUUUUUAUUGAACACUUUUCAAUUGUCACUUUUUUGACUGCUGCUGUUUAAAAACCCCAAGAAUAGUAGCUAAAUUUUUUUAUGACCGGAACCUAAUAAAUUAUUUUACACCCUGAACUCAAUGAAGACUUAUUAUUAUUCUUUAAUUUGUCAGAUUAUAGAACACUUUUGCACAUGAGAGUGCUCAGAAUGUUGACAUUUAAUCAGCCUAAUUCUCAACUGGACAAAUUGCCCAAACUCAAUUUCAAGUGUUUUUUGUUAAUGUUACUAAGAUUGUGUAAAUUGUUAUAGGUAAAAUAUGAUUCCAGGGUGUUCUUACUUGAGCUUUAUUUUUGUUUUGUUAAAAUAUGUUAAUAUAAUUUAUUUUGUUUCUUGAUUACUAACUUAUUAACUUCUGAGAUUUGCCAAGAUCAAAUGAGCUAAAAUGCAUGCAUUACAUUUGGUAGGGAGACUGAUAACUGCUAUUCAGUUGUAAUUCAUUUCUGUGACUCUGUGAAAAUUUCAUAAUAUCAAUAAAAAUAAAUUAUUCACUUUUACCUUUCACAGAUACUAUAAAGAAGUACUGUAUACAAAGAAAAGUCUUAAUGCUGCAUGAAGAGAUGAGACACAACUUGCCCCAAAAUCAACUGAAAGGGGAGAAAAAACCUCAUUCCAUAGCACAGUACCUGCCACAAUAAACAGCUUGCCAGCUUCUGUCCAGAAAUUGAAUCUAGGAAGCCUUAGCAAGUCCAGAUGAUUGCCAUGGAUGGCAUUCAGAUGCAGGUAGAUAGUUGUGCCAUUUAAAUGUAAUUUUUUAGUUCCAUUGUAUCUUAACUAAAACAAUCCAAAACCUUUGUGCUUUUUUUACUUAAUUAAAACUGUUCUUAUUU